UGAAUAGUUUUUUUAGAGAUGUGUCUAAGCGAAAACAAUCGCUUAUUUAGAAACGGUGGAAGUAAAUGAUACAAAAUAUUGAAUUGAAUAUACAUAGAUGUAUUAUUAGACAAUUAAAAUGUGUAAAUUUUCUUUUGCACUUACUAAGAUCUAAAUGAUUGGCCUGCGAUCAACGCUGCAUUAGCAAAUAUGCAAUAGUGAUGACCCCAACACUGCGUUGUAGUCACUUCUCGACUACCGAAAGCUCUCAAUCUUCUUUGAACUUUUUUUCUCCAAUGAAUCAAGCAACUUGUUUUAUUGUGUUGAAUACUAGGGGUGUUAACAAUGACAACAAGAUGAAUUUCCGGGAUCUCAUAAAUUCGCAUAAUCCUUGCUUUGUUGCUCUUUUAGAGACUAAGCUGAGUAACCAUUUGGGUCUUAUGUAUGAUUUUGGGUUUGAUGACUACUGGGAAGUUCCGGCUAUUGGCCGCUCGGGUGGGAUUGUCCUCCUCUGGCACACUUCUUUUGUCAGUAUUACUCGUAAGCGUCAGACGUCUCAGGAAUUACAUGCAAUGAUUAAGGUUACUGUUGAGGAACGUGAGGAAUCCAGUGGUGCAACAUAAUUUCCGCGAGGCAAAUGCAGUAGCCGACUUUUUGUCACAAAAAGGGCAGCUUCUUCACUCACCAACAAAAUGCGUUUUGACAUGUCCACCGGCAGAAUCAGAAGAACUACUUCAUAAGGAUUACACUGGUAUUUUGUGUCGUAGAUUAGUAUCUUGGGCAUUGUAUAACAAUCUCCUUAGUUUGGGGAAUCCGUCUGUGUUUGCUACUGCUAGUAAUAGUACUUUAGUUUUAGUUAAUGCUAAGCAUAGUACUACUUUUGUAACCUCUACUCCUAGGACUUCCACUGGAAGUACCUCCACUGUAGUUACUGACAUCUAGUAUAUCUAUAUAAUAUUUCCCUUUGCCCACCAAAAAAAGAUAUAGUU